GUAUUUGUUUCAUUUGUCAAUAUGCCUUUGUUCUCGUGAUUCUGUACUUCCUCAUAUUUGUACAUCCGCAUAUUUCAUUGGCGCGACUGAAUAUGUCAAAUAUGACAAAUCUCUGCGUGUCCCUCAGCUGAAACUUAAUAAUGAAGACCUUUUUUCAUCUAUAUGUUAACAAUUUGGUUAGGUCUUCAAUAGACUUUGUGUAAUUUGUGAAAAUAAUAAUUUAUUUACGUUUACUGAACAGAAGUGGAAAAAUAAAAGUGCUUCCCACGUCGAGCUCUGAACUCAUUGCUUCACAACCUACAGACUCCAUAUGUGUGGAAUCAGUCAUGACAGAUACUCAACUGUCUCAGAAAGGCAUGGAUCCAGUGGGAGUGAAUUCAAUAGAAACUGCAGCUCUAGGGAGACCCUUCCAGCUGGGGAUGCUGUAUGACUGCAGGAGAGAUGCUCUCAUACCAGGAAUCAGACUUUGGAGUAAAGAGCAGCUGCAGCAGAACAUAAGCAUUAAACCCCAAAUUAAUACAGAUUUCACAGUCACAUCUUUAGACUCAAUUGAAGAAAAAUCUAGAUUGCUGAAUAUUGAUAGUUGUCUGAAACUGAGUAUUUUAGGUGGACUCAUCGGUGUAAGUGGAGCUGCAAAUUUUCUCAAAGACACCAAGAAAUCAUUCAGUCAACAGAGACUCACAUUACAUUAUCAUUCAACCACUAAGUUUGAAGAGCUGAUCAUAAACCACUUUGCUUCUGGAGACAUGGCUCACUAUGAGAAUGAUGUAGCCACACAUGUAGUGACAGCAGUGCUGUACGGAGCAGAUGCCUGCUUUGUUUUUGACAGAGAAGUUUCUUCAGAUGAAGACAAAAUGGAGGUAGCAGGAGAAGUAAAAGCUGCAUUAGAGCAGUUAAAAGGCAUUUCAGCUGGAGCAAGUAUGAGACUAAAUGACAAUCUGAAGACUGCUGUCCAAAAAUUCAGUUGUAAAUUUUAUGGCGACUUCCAGCUACCAUGUAACCCGACCUCUUUUGAAGAAGCCAUGAAGGUUUUUGAAGAUCUUCCGAAACUUCUGGGAGAAAACAAAGAGCUUGCGGUUCCUCUGAGAGUUUGGCUUUAUCCUUUGGACAAACUUUUCUCAAGAGUUGUAAAGUUUCAACAUGAAAUCAGCACAGGUUUAAGCACAGACAUUGAAUCUGUUAUUGAGAGUUUAAGUACGACUGAGAUGAAAUGCAGUGAUCUUCUGACAGACAAGCCUGCUUCGACAUUUACUGCAUUUCAUGACAAAAUCAAUGACAUGAAGAAAAACUGCUACCAGUGCAGAUUGAGUCUCGUGAAGAAACUUGGCUCUCUCUUACCAAAGAUCCGUGGAAAAUUCAUAGAGGAUUCAGCAUUGAUUGAUCUUCUUCAAGAACAUGAGGAAUCUCCAUUUGAAAGAAGCGCUCUUGAACAAUGGCUGAAAGAGAAAGAGGAAGAAUCUGACAUCAUUAAAACAUUGCUCACACAACUGAAUGACUCAGGAGCAAUGGUAGAAAUCAACCUCAAUAAAAAUUUGAUGAAUCUGGAAGUUAAACAUUUGGUCAGCUACACUUUCACAUCUUUGAGCUGGACAGAUCUGCUGCUUUCUAAACAAAAGGCCUUCCUGAGUCCUUCAACAAAAGGAAAAAAUGAACAGAAAAGCUCUGAAUCUGAACACAAGACUUGGCUCGCACCUGACAUCCAAAAGACAAUGAGAAACAACUUGAGGGUAUUUAUAAACUUGAUUUAUUUAAAUGAUUGCACAUCAGCCAAAUUCAUUGUUGCAUCAAAAGAAAUGGAAAAUAAUCCAGGAUCCUGCAUACUGCUGUAUGAAAAUGAAUCUAAUGAAGCUGUUUGCUUCACUCCUCCAUCAAAACCAGACUGUCCAAUCAUUGAAGAUGUCAGAUGUACUCAAGUGGUUUUGAAAGUGUCUCCACCGUGUCCUGCUACAGAGGAGCUCAAGCUACUGUACAAAAUGAAGGAAGAGGAAGACUGGAGAUCUCAAACUGUGUCAAAGAACCAGAAUACAGUUACUCUGACUGAUCUCAGACCAGAUACUGAGUACAAUAUUAAAUGUGCAGCAGUGGGAAAACUCAACUACACCGUAGACAGUGAUGUGACGCGUCUCACAGUCAUAAACCAGAAUCUCAUCAAGGCCAAAGAGUCUGCUAUCGAAAAUCUAAACUGGACUGAAAACAAGUGCAGUGAACUUCUGGAAAACACCAGAAAAACAACUUUAAGUGCACUUUAUAAGAAAAUACAAGAUAUGCAGCAAAACUGCCAAAUAUACAGACAAGAAUUCAGUGACCGAAUCAAAUCUGUGAUCCAGUCAGUUAAAGAUUGUGAAAAAGAGUCUUGUGCUCUGAAGGAUCUUCUACAAGCUCAUGAUGAGUCUCCAUUCAAUGAAAAGAGUCUGAAAGAGUGGAUCACAGUGAAAGAAAAAGAAUUGAACACAGUUAAUGAGUUUCUUCGUCAGUUAAUGGACUUUGGAGCCGAAGUGAACAGAAGUUUGGACUCAUAUCUGUCAGAUAUUCAGGUGGAGAACGUGUUUUGUUACACUUUCAGUUCUCUUGAGCAGCCGGAUGAGUUUCUUAAUGAGCAAGAAAAUUACAUGAAUCCUCGAAUGAUGGGAAAUCUACAGAAGAAAUCUGGUGUGGCGUCUCAAUCAUGGCUCACUGAAAGAAUCAGGGAGAAAAUGAGAGAACAUCUGAAAACAUUUAAAGAGCUGAUGACUUCAUAUAACAACAAAAGCACUAAAUUUAUGGUUUCCAUAAAAGACCAUGAAAAUAAUCCAGGUUCCUGCAUUCUUCUGUAUACAAAUGGAUCUAAUGAAGCUGUUUGCUUCACUUCUCCAUCAAAACCAGACUGUCCAAUCAUUGAAGAUGUCAGAUGUACUCAAGUGGUUCUGAAAGUGUCUCCACCGUGUCCUGCUACAGAGGAGCUCAAACUACUGUACAAAAUGAAGGAAGAGGAAGACUGGAGAUCUCAAACUGUGUCAAAGAACCAGAAUACAGUUACUCUGACUGAUCUCAGACCAGAUACUGAGUACAAUAUUAAAUGUGCAGCAGUGGGAAAACUCAACUACAUCACUGAAUCUGAUGUCACCACAGUUAUCACAAAGAACAAAAAUGACCUCAUCAAGAAAAGCAUGUUAAUGAACGAUGGAAUUACUGCUCUAUACCUUCUGCAAAAAACAACAUAUUCUUAUGAUGACUCUAAACCAUACAGAAAAAUGACCUUUGGACAGAGAGACAGAAACAAACCCCAUAAAAUCAUUCUGAUGGUGGGAGAAACAGGAACAGGAAAAACAACCCUGAUCAAUGUGAUGAUCAACUACAUGUUGGGUGUUCAGAGAGAAGACAAGGUUUGGUUUGAGAUCACAGAUGAUCAGAGUGACCGAACAUCAGUUCACACUCAGGCAUCCAUCAUCACUGUUUAUGGGUUUUAUCUACAAGAGAGUCCAAUCCAUUUAAAAAUCAUUGACACUCCAGGAUAUGGAGACACUCGAGGAAUUGAUCUUGAUAAACAGAUCUCUGUGAGUUUUCUUAGUUUAAUUAAAUCUGCAGAACAGAUUGAUAAAAUACAUGCAGCGUGUCUGGUGAUUAAAGCAACACAGAAUCGACUCUCUGACAGACAAAUAUACAUAUUUGAUGCUGUUCAGUCUUUAUUUGGAAGAGAUAUUGCUGAAAACAUUGUCCUGCUCUUCACACACUCAUCUGGAGCUCCACCUAAAAAUGCCCUGACGGCUGUUAAAGAGGCUAAAAUCAAGUGUGCAGUGAAUGACGAGAAGAAGCCAGUGUAUUUCCUGUUUGACAACUGUCAGUCAGAUGCUGCUGAUGAAGAUGAAGAUGAGGAAGAUAGUGAACAAAGGUGGGAUCAAUCAUGGAAUCGCAGUUUUAGAGGAAUGGCAGGAUUGUUCAAGUUUCUUGACACAAUACAACCAAAAUCCCUGAGGAUGACUCGAGAUGUGUUGCAACAACGGAAGUGGUUAGAGGAAAAUAUCUCCAAUUUACAGUCAUGUGUUCAAAUGAUAGAACUAAAGCAAAAUGAGCUGAAACAAACUCAAGAAGCUCUGAGGAAGGAAUAUGUCAAGAAUUAUAAAGACUUUGAGUAUGAAGCUGAUGUGGUCUACAAAGAGAAGGUUGAUAUUGAUCCUUCUGUAGCGACGUGCUGCACCAUCUGUCAGGAGAACUGUGUUUACCCUGAUAAUGUGUGGAUCAGAGAUCUCUCAUGGUGCAGUGCGAUGAGAAAUAAUCACUGCACAGUGUGCACAAAUAAAUGCCACUACAGCGAACACGUCAAAGGAACUAAUAUAUAUGUAAUAAAGAAAAAAAAGGAGAAGAGGACAUUUCAGGAUUUGAAGAAGAAAUACGAUGGGAAGAUUAGGGACAGUGAAUCUUUGGUCAAAAAGAUGGAAGAAGAACUGCAAAAAUUAGAGAUAAAGAAAAUAAGGCUGGUGAUUGAAACGUUUCACUGUUUGGAAACUCUGGAGAUGAUCGCACUCAAUGCUGAUUCUCUAUUCAUACUUCAGCAGAUUGAUUUUCUGAUUGAGAAAUUGAAGGAAAUAAAUGAGUCUGAAAAGGCUGAAACACUGGAAGACAUCAAGAAGAGAGCAGGAGAAAAAAAACAUGGAGCACUGGGAUUUAUUAAAAUAAUUCAUAAGAAGUAUUUUUGAAUGCAACUUAACAUCUAUGGUCACAUGUUAAGUUUUUCUUUUUUUUCUUUUUCUCAUUUUUAAUUUGCUUUGAAUAAUCAACAUCUGCUAAAUUAGAAAAUGUCAAAUACUAUGUUGAUUAUUGUCAUUAUAUGUUUGUUGUUUUUCCUGAAGAAUACCUCAAAUAUUGACAGCAGCAUAAUGUAAACAGUUUCUGCAGUAAGAUACUGUUGAUUAUAGCAAUACUAUUGUGAAAUCAACAAAUAGAUAGAAUAGUUAUAUUUUUGGAAAAUGAUGUGCGUUGAAGCACUGCCGCCUAGAGGCCAUAUCAGAAAAUGAUGAGAAUCUUAGAUAUAAAGACACAAUUAUUAUGACUUUAAUAUAAUUUAUAUAAAUCUAGAGUCCUUUUGAUAUUUAUGGGCCUCAUGUUUAUUCACUUCAUUAAUUCUCCGUAAAAUUAUGCUAAAAUUUGUGAGUGAAUGAGAUUAUGCAGAGAGAAUAUGAAAUAUCACUUGUAUCUCACUUUUAUCAAUAAAUUCACCUUUAACACAUUUCUUAAAGCUAUAACUACAAAUUCAAAACCACAAAAAGUAAUUGACUAAACACUAUUUUAAACUACAUUAUUGUUAAUCUAAUUCAAACUUUAGCCUUAGGUGGCUAAAAGAUGGCUUAAGUGGUAAAAUCCUGAAUGUACAAUAAAUCAUGUUGAAUGAAAACUGUCAAAGAUCAAAAAAAAAAAAUAUUGAUUUUGUCUAUAUUGCCCAGAGACUCUCAUUUUCAUCACAGAUUAUAUUACAGUACUGUAGCUCUGGACAGCAGGUUAGGUGAGACAUUUUCAUUAAUAAAUCCACUAAGUACUCACAGUUUUUCUGUCAUAGAUUUUUAAAAAUAAUUAUUUAUCUUCAUUAUAUUUAUUUAUUGGUUUGGUGUUUUAUUUAUAUUUGUGAGUUUGUGGUCAGUAUUUCAGGAACACUCCCAUGUCAGAAUAAAGUGUGUCUCUUCUCCACUA